GUAGGAUGAUGCAAGUUCGUUGUCGCAGGAAAUAAGAAUAAUUCUAACCAAUGUUAUUUUGAUACGUCUCCUUCGGUAUAUGUAGAUAUCCGGCGUAUAUUUCGGUCUUGUCAUUUACCGUCUCAACAACCAAUGGUCUCACGUUCGAAAACGAAGUAAAUAGGUGUUUUGCUGAAAACUGAUUUGGAAGCAUUUUUGGCGUUGUAACGUACUUCCAUAAGAGGGAUGGAAGCCUUUAAGAAUUGUACAAUAUUAUGGAUAUUUAUUGUGCUGGUCGGUAGUGUCUUAAUUAGUGGAGCCUUAGGUUGGGGCAUUAAAGACAAGAUAAGAUUAACAGAUGUCAGUGUCAUUACAUUACAUCCUGGAAAAAUGACAAAUUCCCGUCGUACCCACCCUGUUCCCCAGUUAAAGUGUGUUGGUGGCUCAGCAGGUUGUUCAGCUUUUACUCCAAGUGUUGUUCAGUGUUACAACCGAGGGUCUGAUGGCUAUGAUGUUCAGUGGGAAUGCAAGACAGACAUGGACAGUCAGUAUAAGUUUGGUGAAAUUACAGUCAGCUGUGAAGGUUAUGAUUAUCCUGAUGACCCAUACAUUCUAAAAGGUUCCUGUGGGUUGGAAUACACAAUUGACAUGGUCAGUAGUGGAAGUUAUUAUCACAAUAAUUAUCAUUCUGGACACAAGGACAAUACUUACCACAACUACAACAGUCACAGUUACCGCUCCAGGCAUUCUGGAGGUUGGCUAAGUACAAUUAUCACCUGGGGAGUCAUUGCCUGGAUUGUAUAUUACAUCUACCAGCGUUUUACAUACAACCAAUCACAGCAGAAUAAUUCAACUGGUGGUCAUAAUCAAUUUUCCAGUCCCCCACCUCCUGGAUUUCGGCCUGAGUAUACACCAGGGGGGACUUUUGGGAUAUCUGUUUGGAGGCUCAGGCCGUCGCAAUACUUACUAUGAUCACUAUGAUUACUAUGGUCCGAGAUACCAUCAGCGAGGACCUGGGUACGGUUUUGGUGGAGGAUCAGGCUGGUUUGGGUCCAACAACAGCUGGUCUUCAGGACGCUCCUCAGGUUGGACCUCAGGCAACAAUUACAGAGGAAGUUCCUCUCCAAGCUCUCGGACCUCCUCAGGAUUCGGUAGAACCAAACGUCGCUAAAAACUGAUUAAAAGAAAACCGUUGAUACCUCAUGCACACUUAUAUUAAAGGCUGUUCACUUCCUGAGAGUAACAGGAAACCUUUCGAGGAGGGGAAGGGAGAUAUUGGUCGGCAUUGCACAUUAGAGCCCAGCUUUCUCUGUCUAAAGGCUUCAGUUGUUUGAUUAGUUCAAUAGGUAACCUAUCGUUGUUUAGGUCACAGCUGGCAGCAGCUAAUUUUUACGGCCUAAUAUUAACACUUGCAUAUAAUAGUUAGUGAUUUAGGGUUAUUUUCAUAGUCGUUUACAAUAGCCAUCAUCCUCGCAAAGAAAACGUCUUCUUUUUCUACUUAGUUGAGCCUUAAAAACCAUUAUCAGGUUACUAUGAGCAACGGUAAAUUAUCCGUCGUAUUUUGUUUAUUUAAGCACUAAAUUUGGUUUUACUCUAAAUUUUAAACAAGUGUCACGUACAUAAGCAACGUAAGUAGGCUUCCUCUAAGAAGCCUUCUUCUAGUAAAUAAAAGUUUUUCUAAAAUUAAAAGAA